AGCCAUGAGGCGACCACUCCUCGAGGUUUCGCGGGAAUAUGGAACAUUUAGUAUUUUGCUGCGGAUGGCGGCUAAAUCCUGGCUGACUCAUCAAGCCGCGCUGAUGCUGCUCCUGAUGAGCUGGAUGGAGAGCGCGCUCUGCAGCGGGUUCGCAGUGGAUCCUCCCGCAGACAUUGUGAUAUCAGACCCUGGUCAUCUCGGAUAUCUUGACAUUACAUGGAGCCUCCCGACCAGUCUCAUUAAUAAGACGGAGUGCCCCAAACUGUAUCACCUGGAGUACUUUGACACAUACAGUGACAGGUGGAGUGCUGUCAGGACGCCUCGGAGGACGUACAGCGCCCAGUUUGACCUGACGAAAGAUGUUAGAGUGCGAGUGUACACCUUGCUGAAUGGACCUUGCACCAACGGCACUUUGACCAAGAGCACUAACUACACCGAACUGGUCCAGAAACCUCCCAGCACAGGUGCUGCGGGCACAGCAGUCCAGGAUUUCAUCUGCGUGUACCACAACAUGAAGUACGUCGAGUGCACAUGGGGAAGGAGCCCAAAGAUGCCGGCCAGCUCACAGCACAGCCUGUAUUUCUGGCACAAAGAACUGGAGAAGACGGAGGAAUGUCCGAAAUACCUCAUAUCGAACGGAGUCAGGAGCGGCUGCAACUUCACAGGGACGUAUCUCCCUGAUUUCACUGACAUCAACUUCUGUGUAAAUGGUUCCUCUCCCAAAGGGCCCCUUGAACCAGCAUUCAUCUCCCUGCAAAUCCAAGACCACGUGAAGCCUGAACCCACAGAGAAGCUGUAUUUGCAAACAGGCCCUGACAGGAAGCUGGAACUACACUGGGACCCUCCAGUUAGCAGGGUUCCUGAUCACUGCCUUGAAUGGCAGAUGGAACAGGAUGGAAAAAUUGUGUCGGAGAUUUUAGCCGAACAGACGAGAACUCUGCCCCUCACCUACGACAGAAAAAGAAGCUGCUUCAGGGUUCGGUCCAGAUUGAACAAGUAUUGUGCAGAAAAAAGCAUUUGGAGUGAGUGGAGUCGUCCCACAUGCCACCCAGCCACAUCCUCAAGUCCUCAUGAGUCACAUUAACUUUGUGGAGUCCCAGCUGGAAGGCCCUGAUGUCGUCAUUACAUGCCUUGCGUUGAUCUUUCGGAGGGCAGGAUGAAAGGUCACCCUCCAAACAAAAGUUCAUUUUUUGAGCUUCAAACAAGAGGCGCCCAGUUAUCCUUUUGUGAAUUUUAUUAUUUUGAAUGUUGGGAAUCCAGAAAAAGGCAUUAAUAACCAGUUAAGCACAUUAAAUGGUGUCCAGCAUUAUCUUAAGCACCUGUCUUGCAGACGGGCUAUCUACGUAAAUGUAGUUUAAAAAUCUUUAUGAUUUCACUUCAUGUUGAAUGUUGCAUUACAUGUUUUUUUUUACUUGGAUUGCUAUUUUUGUUUUUUGCACUGAAGAUCGACUGAAAUGUACACUAUAGCAUAGAUACAGAUAUUAAGUAUACUUUGAAAAUUUAGGUUAUAAAUGUCUAUGAGUGGCCUGCACUAAAGGUACACUUACUGAAGUUAUUUAACCUAAACGCACAGAUCAUACCUUCAUUGCACCACCAGUGACUCAUGCUGUGUGUUUACACUGUUUACUUGUGAGUACACCUUUGUGGUGAUGAAUGUGACGGAACGCAAUUCAAUGUUAAACAUUAUCUCUUGUCUCCUCUGCCUCAGGAGGCUUUUUAUAUAAAAGGGGCAUUUUUGACAAAUGAGGUACAGAACUGUACUUUUGACAGUACUGAGCUGAACAUAAUGAUGUAACCUGUUUAGCUUUAUGACUUGUAGUUGUUGUAUUGGGUUCGUAUGUGAUGAAGCUGCCAGCUGUGUUCAGCUAUGUGCACUGUACUUUAAUGUUAUUUGAGUGCAUCGGCGUAUACACAUUGCACAGAGAGUAGAAGAAAGGGGGGUUUCAAUACGAGUCCAGUCAGUCAUUACUGCCACCUGAAGGUAAAAUGUGACUGUUGGACACAGACUGCCCACUUCAACACCUUCUGCUGAAACUGACCUCAGAGAAGUCCACCUCCAUGUCCAUGGUGGUCCAUACGAAAAUAACUUAUUCUGUUGCUGUUUGUUUGAGUGUUUUCUGGUUGAGUACUUGCCACAUCUCUUGCCAGUUCAUUCAGACCUCUCUGACUUCAUUCUUGUUAAAAUUAAAGAAAUUCAUAGCUUCACGUUGAUAAAUGAAUGUAUCAUUCUACUUUGAAGCAUCACGGUGUAUUCAUAAAUUAAAAAGUUUUGAUCAAACUGUGCUGCUGUGAGUUUCCUUCAUUGCACUACAGAUGGUUGAUAAUGGUGUCCCACAAGAGUCAAUAUUAGGCCUCCUGUGGUUAGCUCUGAUGGCAUUUUC